GACGAGAUUGAUGGGGGAUCGUGUAUAAAACGAUUUUGUAGAAGCCUGGAAAAUUGUCCUUACGAAGUCUCGGAGGCGCGUCCUUGAAUUACGUGAUACAGCAAUUCUUGAGUCAGAGUUAAAGCCGUGUUAAAGAGAGACGUAUAUGACCUCCUCAAUGAACAUCUUGAGGGAACUGCCAUUGAAAGAGCAUGCCGAAUGCACCGUAUAUUAUUUUAAUUGUUCGGAGUAUGUUAUAUUCUUAAGAAUUUGCAAAAGUUUUAGAUAUGUAUAUAUCGUCGGGGUUUGUUCGCGUUUGUCAAUUUUAUCGAGGAUCGGCAUUCCGUCGAUCCUCGCGAGCUUCAUGGAUCUCUGUCAACGCAGUGCGAGCAUUCCUCUCCUCCGACAGGUGUAUCUCCUGUAAGGUACCGGUGAUGCUCCAUGGAAGAUUCGUGCGAAAUAACGGCGACGACACGCACGAUUCGCGAGCACACGACCGCCCCUAAGAAUGCCCGUGAUAUGACGCUAUGCGAAUUAUCCUUCUCGUCGUGUUUUACGCUGCGGCUUACGCGGCGAGAAUUGCGGCCGGCGGUAUCACCGCGACGAUACCAGGGAACAGCGUGAAGUACAUCCUCAAGCAGAAGACCCGGGCAACAGGGAGCCAAGUGCCCGAGGUGGCUGUCGACGAUGGAAUGACUCAGAAGACGAUCAAACGCAGCAAACAAUCCUUAUUAGUGAAUCGCAUCGACGGUUUUCUGCAAACCGGACGAGUCCCAACCGGCAAGUCGACGCGCGUCAGACGAAAUCCACGAAGAAGGACGAGACGUGCGCGAAACUCGAACGACGAAGUCGCACGUCGUCGGAAUGAUUUCGAAGACAACGACGACGACACCGACGCGGACGAUGUCUGGUCCAACAUGGUGGCAUCAAGAGGACUUCCUGUCUGGCAAGUUCCAGAAUCAACGACUCCGACGGUCGCUCGGAUGGACAACCCGGAGAAUUCUGAUUCCGCUCGAUCCUCGCGAAUUCACGAAGCGACUCUUCCUCUCGCAUACUCAAAUCCACGGGGACUACUUUCGGAGACUCGCACAAAUGAAUGGAGGAUCGGCGAGAGGCAAAGUCGACAUGAAUCGAGAACCGUUUCUUCGCCGAGGAAGCCCGUGUACGUCCUGAGUUACCCGGACACGUACGCCGACGUUAUCGACAGAGAUCCUGCGUUUUCCCGAUCCCGAGACUCCCAGUCGUCAAUCGUCGAACCUGGAAACACCGACCGUGCGAGAAGCCCGCUGUCCGGGAAACCGAUCGAAAGAGUACUCGUCCCCGUCUAUCGUCUCGCCGACGCGUACUCGCCGAAGCUGUCCGGUCCUGUUCCUGAUCCUCGAGGAAGUCCAACGAGUUCGCACGGUGUUGAGAAGUCGCAAGUUGACGAUAAUCAUCCUCACGCGAGCUCCUUCAGGAAAUUCCUGCUGGUGCCGGUGUCGAAGGACCUAUACAUACUGCAGGACGCCGACGAGGACUCCCGUCGUCGAGCGGCCGUGAACGGCGACAACGCGACCUCGGCUGUUCUCGCGUUCAAGGCGCACCUGCAUCACGACGCAAAGGAUGUAGGCAAAGCGUAUCUUCGAGGACGUCUAUUAAGAAACCAGCACCGUUUACCUGAAUAUCACCCGGACUUCGACAUCUUCCAGGAGGAGCGCAGAGACCCCACGCCACCAUCAUAUCCGAGUUUCUUGUACCCGGGGGUCUCCUCUUGGUCUUAUCCUGACUUAAUCGACGCCGUGUCUAAAGUGCCCGACCAGCAGAUUGUUCCUGAAGCUGCGGAUUACAGGAACAUCUUGUCUACAGACGGUGGGCUCGACGUGGACGUUGAAAUCGGUUCCUACAGUCAGCCCCAGUUCUCGUCGUCGUCCUCCACCUUGGAUACGUUUGGUUACGACGUGUCUUUAUAUUCAGACGAUCGCCAGUCGGAUAUCUUCCCUGCAACCAAGUCGUACGAGACCGGUCGGCUUGGAUCGAACGAAGAUCACGGGGAAUCUUCAAAAUAUGACGAAGAUGUCGGCUUGAGCACGGUGGAUGUUUUACAAUUUCUUAAUACUUUGGAUGAUGACGUCAACACGCUGGGAGACGCCGGAAAGAACGUAACUGAUGACGAUAAAGGGUCGCUCGGCGAGUACGCCACCGGAGCGUACUCGUUCGGUGAUCUCGAAGAGCACACAACGUCCAUGUCGAUAUUCGCCGAUGCUGAAGAGCGGUCAUCGAAGAAAGGACAGAGCGAGAUGGAGAGUUCGCGCGCUCUCUUAACGGCGAUCGAGCCAUUGUCUUCGGAGCUACACAGGUUGCUGAACGCCGUUCAAUUGGUCAACCAGAGUAUCAGCGACGUGCAGAGUAGGCUGUGCGGUAAAAAAAACUCCGUCGAAUCAACGGGAUCAGAAGAGAAUAACGAAGAGACGAGAGCCACGAAUGUCGCGAUCGAUGGCGCGAGUCAUCACGAGGCUGCUUUGCUCACGAAAGAUCUCGGUCGGAAAUCCCGCAGGAAAGAGUCCAUCGAAAGCGGAAGCGUCGCGUCGGGUGAGGAAACUGAUAGUACGAAGUUGCGAAAAAGAUCCAACAGCCGUUCUUUGUUCCUGAAUAAAUUGGCUACACCGUCGCGCAGACACACGAGCUCGUUCAGAACUUGA